AUGACAACUCUUUCCCGAAUGGGGAACCGGCAAUUUUUCACGCCGGUUUCGGACUCUGGCAAAAAAUUAAGCCGGAAGCGGCGCACCUCGAACUUGCAAAUAAGGAAGUGGUGGCACACCGCAAGAAGAGGUCACAAGUGCGUUGCAUACUUAAGAAGUGUUCUUUUCAGAUCCAGCAACCGUUCAUACCCACUCCAUUCUCAUCAAUUCAAUUUCAUAAUAUCCACACAUCACAGCACUACCGCAAUGGCUCAAACUACUAAACAUAUUGUCGUUCUACCAGGUGACCACGUUGGUCAAGAAAUCACCGAGGAGGCCAUCAAAGUUUUGAACGCGAUCUCUUCCGUCCGUCCAAACGUCAAUUUCGACUUUCAACACCACUUGAUCGGUGGUGCAGCCAUUGAUGCCACAGGCGUCCCAUUGCCUGAUGAAGCCUUAGAGGCCUCAAAAAAAGCGGACGCCGUCUUACUAGGUGCCGUCGGUGGUCCUAAGUGGGGUACUGGUUCUGUUAGACCAGAACAAGGUCUUUUGAAGAUCCGUAAAGAAUUGCAGCUUUACGCCAACUUGAGACCUUGCAACUUUGCCUCUGACUCUUUGUUGGAUCUGUCCCCAUUGAAACCAGAAAUCGUCAAGGGUACCGACAUCUGUAUCGUGAGAGAAUUGGUAGGUGGGAUUUACUUUGGUGAGCGGAAGGAGGACGAAGGUGACGGUGUUGCCUGGGACAGUGAGAAGUACUCCGUCUCAGAAGUUCAAAGAAUCACCAGAAUGGCAGGUUUCUUGGCUCUACAACACAACCCACCGCUACCUGUUUGGUCCCUGGACAAGGCUAACGUCUUAGCCUCUUCUAGAUUGUGGAGAAAAACUGUGGAGGAAACCAUCAAGAACGAGUUCCCAACUUUGACCGUCCAGCAUCAGUUGAUUGACUCGGCCGCCAUGAUUUUGGUGAAGAACCCAACUCACUUGAACGGUGUUGUCAUCGCCAACAAUAUGUUUGGUGACAUUAUUUCUGACGAGGCUUCGGUCAUUCCCGGCUCUCUCGGUUUACUACCAUCUGCUUCGUUGGCCUCUCUACCAGACACCAACACCGCCUUCGGCUUAUACGAACCUUGUCAUGGUUCUGCCCCAGAUUUGCCAAAGGGUAAGGUCAACCCAGUUGCCACCAUUUUAUCUGUCGCCAUGAUGUUGAAGUUGUCUCUAAACAUGACCGAAGAAGGUAUUGCUGUUGAAAAGGCAGUUAAACAAGUUUUGGACUCGGGUGUGAGAACCGCCGAUUUGCGUGGUUCCAACUCCACCUCGGAAGUCGGCGAUGCCAUUGCGAAGGCUGUGAAGGAAAUUUUGGCUUAG